AUGGAUGAAAUCUUAAAAUAAAGAAAUGAGAAAUUAAUAGAUAAGAAAUAAAAUGAGAAUGGAUANGUAUAAUAAAAUUUUGAAGAAAAGCUAAAAUGGUGUUGUAAAAUGGAGAAGCAAAAAUUCUUAGAAUAAUGCGGAUUUUUAGAACAGAAAUAAGACGAAAUUUUGAAACUUUAAAUUCGCUAAAAAGAAUUAAAAGAAGCAAUAGAUCAAAUGGAUUAAUUGCUAAAAAAUGCGGUUUCAGAAAAUACCUUAAAUUUGAUAUUAAGAAAUAUAGAGGAAAUAAAAAGAGAAAAAAAACGAAAUUCAAACUUAAUUCUUUGUUUGUUUUACAAUUAGGCUGUUCAGUAUUGCAAUUAUUUUUUAAUCCAAAAAAAGUUGGAAUAAGUGCAAAUAUAUGAAAGAUAUUAAAGUUAAUGA